ACUGUGAUAUGAAACUGUUCGCUGUUCUUCUCAAACAUCCAAUAUCUUUGUGCCACUGACGACAGAACAACUACAUCCGGGUAACUGUGGUGACCUUGGUUGGACGAUCAACAUGGCGGCUAUCGUUAGGUUGAGUUCUGCGUGUCGCAGAGGCUUUAAACCUCUAUUUUACCAAAGCGCUUUGUUGUCCAGACCACUGGUUGUACCUCACAAAUACCAGGAGCAGCCCUACCUACUGACAGCAAGGAUUCAUGCGUCACAGGCUCUGUAUGCAGGCCCGGGCUCCAAAGCUGCCUCUCUGCACUGGACAGCAGAGCGAGUGCUGAGCAUCCUUUUGCUGGCCAUGGGACCUGUAGCCUAUUUUAGUCCUGGUCCUGUCAUGGACUAUUCCUUGGCUGCUGCCCUGACACUGCAUGGCCACUGGGGUGUUGGGCAGGUGUUAACAGACUAUGUUCACGGGGACACAAAGAUCAAGAUUGCCAAUGCAGGUCUCUUCCUCCUGUCCACAGUCACCUUUGCUGGUCUUUGCUACUUUAACUACAAUGACGUUGGCAUCUGCAAAGCCAUUGCCCUGCUCUGGAGCAAGUAAUAUGACUGUGGAAUGGGAACCAUGGGAGGACCUAGAUACUGGGACCGGAGCAAAUCUCGUCCUGGCCGAUUGUAAAAAUUCAAGGUGUUCUGUGUAAAUUCUUAUAAAUAUAUCAUAUUGACAAUUUUGACAGUGAUUGACGUGUGUAAUUGCAAUUAAUGUUGAUCAGUUCGGGCUUGGUCUUUGUAUGAAGUUCUUGCUCAGUUAAGUUAUAGUAAUCACUUGGCAAUUGGCAUCCAUUGUCUUUCUUCACAUAUAGGCAUUCAGCUUCUGUUCAUGGCAAGUUUGGAUUAAAUAAUAAUAAUAAUAAUAAUAAUUAAGAUGCAUUCUGCUAUGGAUUUUUAAACUAAGCAACAACAUGUCCAGUUAUUAAAUAUGUCACUACCAGUUCUACAACCAAGAGAUAUCCAGUAUCCUGACUUAUAAUUGUCAUAUUUACUGGGGACAUGCAUGGUUUCAGCAAAAUGGCCUCUGAUUUAUAUCAGCUCUAUAUCAGAAUAAUGAUGUUUGAUGUCAGUUUUUUUCAUGUUCAGGUCCUUUUCAUGGCUGAUUUCUCAAAUGUAUUCUGUUUCAGUCACAAUAUGUACAUACUAUCUUUUGCUCUUUAACCCAGAAUAACAGGGCAGUACUACAGAUUUGUGUUUUUUGUGUUUUCACAUCACCCUCCUCACUCACCCAUUUACAAAUUAUUCACAAGGUCCACUACAUGUUUCCUUUGUUGCUGCAGCCUCUCUAUGCCUCUCAGCUUGAGUCUACUCAUGUAUCUUGACUGACAGGAGCAAAUGCUGUUGAAGUCAGUCUUGAAGUUAGAGAUUGCAUUGUGAAACCUCUGCCCUCAGUCAAGUGUGCAGUAUUGUGUGCAAAGAGGAGCAGGGGCUGGGAGAAGAGCAAACUAAAUUUGCUUGUAUUAGCCUAUUUAAUCCUGGAGAUCUGCUCUGCUGCUCUAUUGAAGGUCCCUUAAAGGUAAGGGAGACUAGAUCUGACGUGCAUCAUAAAUUCAAGCCAUUCAGCAAUACUCAGCCUACCUGUGCAUCUCCAGUAGAAUGGCUAAAUAAGUCUGACAGUGUACAAACUCUUAUCAGCUAAUGGUGUGUAAUCUGCAACAGCUGCAGAAUGCUGUCCUCUGCCACUAAAAUAUUACUUAAGACAGUGUGACAGUAAUAGGAAUGCCUCUGUAGCAUAGAGCGCUGUUGUACUUUAUGUAUGAAUUAAAAACUAGUUCCAAAGUUAGGAAACUUUGAAUUAAAAAAAAAAAAGAAAGAAAAGAAAAUGUUAAAAAAUGUACCUUUAUUUUGACCAUUUAAAUUUUUUGGCAAUUUUUCUGAAGUUACAACCUCAUGACAAAAUGUCUAUAUAUUUCUGUAUAUUCUGUGUCAAAAUAAGACUCAAUAUGGCAGGAUAAUUAAAGCGUGAUGUUACCAUGUAAUCUUGGAACAUUUACUACUCAGCAUAUAACUGGUAGUCCUUGCAUGUAGCUAUUAAUAGCAGAAAUGGUUUUAGUGCUGCUGAAAUGAGCAGGUUACAGGUUGAGUGUUACCACUGUAAACUGAGGUCUGGAUUGAGUCUGUUGUUGUAAUGCUCAUGCAGUAAAUGUCUGUGGGCUUAUAAUUUUUGUGUUAGUCUGUUUGCUUAUUAUAUAAAUUGACAGUUUGUAAUAUCUUUUCAGUUAAUGUAAUUUCAGGUUAUAGGCACAAAAUUAGAUGUGGCAAGAAAAGUGAACUGCUCCUGCUUCAGCAGAAUAAAGUUGUCUUUACAUUUUCA